AUGGCUACCAUCACCCACUUCGAAAUCAAGGAUGUUCGUUUUCCGACUUCUCUAACGGGAGAUGGGACGGACGCGAUGAACACGGAGUGCGAUUAUUCCUCGCACUCCGAGGGCGGAACCUUGAUCGGCAAUGGCAUGACUUUCACAAUCGGGAGGGGAAAUGAUAUUGUCUGUGUUGCUAUCAGGGAAGUUGCGAGUCGAUUAUUGGGAAAGAAGAUCGAAGAUCUAUUCGCAAACAUGGGCAAGACUUGGGAUUAUCUUCUGGCCGAUCCUCAGUUGCGCUGGAUCGGUCCCGAGAAAGGCGUCAUUCAUAUUGCCACAGGUGCAGUUGACAACGCGCUGUGGGAUCUCUAUGCAAAAGCACGGGGGAAACCGCUAUGGAAGCUAAUUGUCGACUUCACAACUGAAGAACUCGUGCGGUCUGCUACGUUCCGUUACAUAACCGACGCUAUCACUCAGGAGGAAGCGCUCAGCCUGCUCAGAUCUCGUGAGGCCACAAAAGCGGAGCGCGAGGCUAAAGUUUGCAGCGAAGGAUAUCCGGCAUAUGUCACUUCGGUAGGAUGGCUUGGCUACUCGGAUGAGAAGAUCGCCCACCUCACAAAAGAAGCCGUCAAGGCUGGGUUCAAUCAUUUUAAAAUGAAAGUCGGCGCGGACAAGGCAUCAGAUCUUCGGCGGGGGAAGAUCAUUCGCUCUAUAAUAGAUGACCCCCAAUAUAUUCCUGGAAACCAUGACCCCCCUGAUCCGAGAAGUGUGGAGGGGAAGAAUGCUGGUCCAACCGGUUCCGUCUUUAUGAUUGACGCGAACCAGGUUUGGGACGUCUCGCAGGCAAUUGACCAUGUAAAGGAUCUUGCAGAACUCAAGCCCUGGUUUAUCGAGGAGCCAACGGCCCCUGAUGAUAUCCUUGGCCAUGCAACUAUCCGAAAAGCUCUCAAACCCUACAGUAUCGGCGUCGCAACUGGAGAACAUGCGCAUAAUCGCAUGGUAUUCAAGCAGCUGUUGCAAGCCCAGGCUAUUGAUGUCGUUCAAAUCGACUCAUGCCGAUUGGCUGGCGUGAGCGAGGUGCUCAGUGUCCUCCUGAUGGCAGCGAAGUUCGGUGUCCCGGUCUGCCCUCACGCCGGAGGCGUUGGACUGUGUGAAUAUGCCAUACAUUUGAGUUUGAUCGACUACAUAGUCGUCUCCGGCACAAUGGAACGGAAUGUCCUUGAGUUCGUCGAUCACUUGCAUGAGCAUUUUGUGUAUCCUUGCAGCAUCAAUCCUCGUGGUCGUUAUAACGUCCCUCAGGAUCCACUUGAAGGCUAUAGCAUCGAAAUGCACAAAUCGAGCAUUGCUGAGUUUGAGUUCCCUGAUGGGACCUACUGGAAAACCCGACGAUGA